ACAAGAGAAAACUAACACCAAAAAGAUUGGCGUAACCAUAGCAAAGUUGGGUUUGGAAAUAGUAAGCCAAAAAAAUAAAAAUUUCUUUAUUUCACCGGUGAUAAGAGUUGGUUUCCAAGAUAAGCAAGAAACAUAAAUAGAAUGGAUAUGGAUUCCACACAAGCAAAAUCAAGCAGUCGGAGACUAUUAUUAAAGUGAGUUGUAGGAACUGGGACAUGAUCAAAUUAUUCAUUUGAGGGAGAAAAUAUUGAGAGAGAGAAAAAUAUUACACAGACAAUGUUGAGGAACGUAUCAAGAAAAGCAGUUUCAGUUUUAACAUCUUCAAGCUUGAACUCAAAUCCAUGGAGGAGAACGAACCCAAUUCAGUUUCUCCAUAAAGAAGGAAACUUUUGUAGCAUGUCAGUCCUUCCUGAUGGCAUCGACCCAAACUCUGAUGGUUUUUUGCGAAACUCCAAUGCUAUGGAUGAACUUAUGUCCCAACUCCAAUCCCAUAUAAAUAAGAUUCUAGCUGGAGGAGGAGAGGCAGUUGUUAAACGGAACAGAAGUAGGAAUAAGCUUUUGCCAAGAGAAAGAAUUGAUAAGCUAAUUGACCCUGGCUCUUCCUUCCUUGAGCUCUCUCAGCUUGCAGGCCAUGAAUUAUAUGAAGAAGCCUUACCAUCUGGGGGGAUAAUAACUGGAAUAGGUCCUGUUCAUGGGCGCCUUUGUAUGUUUGUGGCAAAUGACCCUACUGUUAAGGGAGGAACUUAUUAUCCUAUUACAGUGAAGAAACAUCUUCGGGCACAAGAAAUUGCUGCUCAGUGCAAAUUACCCUGUAUAUAUCUUGUUGAUAGUGGAGGUGCUUUUCUUCCAAAGCAGGCUGAGGUUUUUCCUGACAGGGAAAAUUUUGGCAGAAUUUUCUACAAUCAAGCUGUAAUGUCUGCUGAAGGAAUUCCUCAAAUUGCGCUGGUAUUGGGUUCUUGCACGGCUGGUGGUGCCUAUAUUCCUGCAAUGGCUGAUGAAAGUGUAAUGGUCAAAGAAAAUGCAACUAUAUUUUUAGCUGGACCACCACUUGUAAAGGCUGCUACAGGAGAGGAAGUCUCUGCAGAGGAUUUAGGGGGUGCUGCUCUUCAUUGCAAGACAUCUGGGGUCUCAGACUACUUUGCUCAAGAUGAACUGCAUGGACUUGCUCUUGGGAGGAGCAUUAUCAAGAACUUGAACAUGGCUGGAAAGCAAGGAAUGAUGAAUGGAUUGCAUAAUCUAAAUCUUGAUUUUAAAGAACCAUUAUAUGAUGUAAAGGAGCUCCGAUCUAUUGCUCCAGCAGAUCUUAAGCAGGCCUUUGAUAUCCGCUCAGUUAUUGCUAGAAUUGUUGAUGGCAGUGAAUUUGAUGAAUUCAAGAAAUUGUAUGGAACUACUCUUGUGACAGGGUUUGCUAGAAUUUUUGGCCAACCUGUUGGAAUCAUUGGAAACAAUGGGAUAUUGUUUAAUGAAUCUGCUCUAAAGGGGGCCCACUUUAUUGAGCUAUGCACUCAACGAAACAUUCCUUUGGUCUUCCUUCAGAAUAUAACUGGAUUCAUGGUUGGUUCAAGGUCUGAGGCAAAUGGUAUUGCAAAAUCUGGAGCGAAAAUGGUAAUGGCAGUUUCUUGUGCAAAGGUUCCCAAGGUAACUAUUAUCAUUGGCGGAAGCUUUGGGGCUGGAAACUACGCAAUGUGUGGUCGUGCAUAUAGCCCCAAUUUUAUGUUUCUUUGGCCAAAUGCUAGAAUAUCUGUGAUGGGUGGUGCUCAGGCUGCUGGUGUACUGUCUCAAAUAGAAAUGGCAAACAAGAAAAAGAACGGAAUUCAGUGGACAAAAGAAGAAGAGGAAAGAUUCAAGGCAAAGGUUGUGGAGGCAUACGAGAGAGAAGGAAAUUCUUAUUAUUCCACAGCAAGGCUCUGGGAUGAUGGAAUCAUUGAUCCUGCUGACACAAGGAAAAUCAUAAGUCUUUGCAUCUCUGCUUCCAUGAACCAUCCUUUAGAAGACACCAAAUAUGGUGUAUUUAGAAUGUAAAACAACUUACUUGAUCAACAAAAUUUGCAAAAUGAAAAUGUAUGCAUAUUUUUAUGCAAAUAUAAUAAAAAUAGCACUAUUACUCCA